GACUGAAAGCAUAGUGAAAGAACUGGAGCUGCUUGGAAGAAUCACAGCUCUAGACCUGAACUCAGAGCGAACAGAGCUUUUGACCUGUUCCCGUGAUGAUCUACUAAAGAUCAUUGAUCUGCGGGUUAGUGCUGUCAAGCAGACGUUCAGUGCCCAGGGAUUCAAAUGUGGCUCUGACUGGACGAGAGUUGUAUUCAGUCCUGAUGGCAACUAUGUGGCUGCUGGUUCAGCUGAUGGGGCCCUCUACAUUUGGAAUGUGCUCACAGGGAAAUUGGAGAGGACGCUUGCAAAGCAUCACAGUUCUUCUAUCAAUGCAGUCGCAUGGUCACCAGCAGGUGCCCAUGUGGUCAGUGUGGACAAAGGAAACAAGGCUGUCCUGUGGUCUGAAUUUUGACUGGAUGGAGGGUGAAAGGCAGAGCAUCCAGCGCCUCUGUGUAUGGUGGUGCUGGUCCGUGGCUGAACAGAAUGGAGACCUGAGCCCAGAUCCAUCCUGAGUUGGGAUAUUAACAAUCGCAUGGGCUUCACUUUCCAGAGGAAAGUUCUAAAGCAAUGGAAAAGGAGCCUGAAGCAGAGACUUCUGAUGGCUGUAACUGCACUGUGGCACUCGGACUCAGCAAGGGAUUAGCUGUUCUGGAUGGACAAUGCUACUUAGUCAUGCCUUUACAUGCAGUAUCUAUGCACCAAGUGGAGCUGAAGAUACUAGUGGGAUUCCUCACCAGACAGCUGUGCCAAAUACCCUGUCACACAAAUGUAUCUGCAGCACUUCUUGAGUUGGAAAUGUUGGAAAGAAGUUACUGUGUAUGCUGACUUAAUACAUGUCCUGUCUCCUGUGUUCUGUUCUUGUGGCCUAGUUCAGGCAUGGGGUGAGAAGAUCCUGAAACAUGGACAGGUCCUAGGCAGUCUGAAGUGUUGGAACAGCUUCUAAAGAGAGUCUCCCGUGGCUCUGGCAGCUCUGUCUUUUUGAGUUAUCAGCUCAACUCAGAUCUGCUCUGAUACUGACAUAGGUUCUCCAGCACUGUCAUGUGAACUCUUUGUAUCAGUUUCACCGGUUCUUAAGGCAAUGGUCCAUUCUUCAGGACUUGGGCACCCUUUUGUUAAAAUGCCCUUCAACAGCUUGGAUAUCACAAAAUAGGAGAUUUUUAAUCUUUUUAUUCAACAGGCAGUUUGGUUACUGGGUGUGAGGAGAGGGAAGUUCAACUUCUGUUGUGCUGCUGUGAUAAGGAAUGUAGUCAUACUGUGACUUCAGUACCAGAAUAUAGACAUUUGGUCCCUUUUUCUGUUCAUCUGUCCUGUCCUGGAGGCUGUCAGUAGAACACGGGGAGCAGUGGGGUUAAAUCCCAAAUCCAUUGUUUUGGUGCUGGCAAUUCCAGGCCACUUGCCCCCUUCUUGAGCACAUGUGCAAUAUUCCUGUUAGCGCUGGAGCCCUCUGUGCUACGGAGCAGUGUCUUGGCUCUGUCCCUGUUCAAGCAUCAAAACCAUGAUGUGGCUGGGUGUGAGCUACCUGGCAUAACUUUAUCCAGCCAAACCUUUCCACAUCAUCUGGGCAAGACAAGCCACCAGCGUUUUAUUGCCUUUUUAUUUGCACUUUAUUUUCUUCUUUCCUGAUAGUGUUUUACUAAGGAAGUGUGUUCUUUGAAGGGGCUUGAUUAGGGGGCAGCUGCUAUAACAGGUAUCUCUCUAGCCUAGCCUUUUGUUCAGACACUUUCUGCAGAGGGGAAUUAGAGUACAUGGGGCAAAGUUUUUAUUUAUUCAGCUGCCAAUAAGAACUUGAUUGUAAAUAAACCUGUGUUCUGCUUUUAAAACCCCA